AUGCUGCGGAAGCAGGCGCGGAUGCGGCGCGAGUACAUGCAGAAGCGGGCGGCGGACGCAAAGGAAGCGUCGACCGCCGACCGCAAGCGCAAGCUGCGCACUGCCGUCGAUGAAGGCCGUACGGUGCCGACAGAAUUGCGCGGCGAGGCGGACGCGCUGCUCGCCGAGAUGGAGCUGAACGGCGCGCCGGGGCCAAGCUCCUCCACCCCCGACCUCGACUCCGAGUACGCGAGCGCGGGCGUCGCCGACCCGCGGAUCCUGCUCACGACCUCGCACGACCCCAGCUCGCGGCUGGUGCAGUUUCUCAAGGAGAUGAAGCUGGUCUUCCCAAACACGUCGCGGAUGAACCGCGGCGGCCACACCGUCAAGCAGAUCGUCGAGACCUGCCGCGCCGACGGCUUCACCGACUUGGUUGUGCUGCAAGAGCACCGUGGCGUGCCCGACGGGCUCGUCGUGUCGCACAUGCCCCACGGGCCCACCGCCUACUUCGGCCUCGCCAACGUCACCAUGCGCCACGACAUCGAGGGCGCGACAAACAUGUCCGAGGCGUACCCGCACCUUGUGAUCGACAACCUGACGAGCAAGGUUGGCGCGCGGCGCAGGCACCUCUUCCCGGUGCCCAAGCCCGACUCCAAGCGCGUCGUCUCGCUUGUCAACCGCGCCGACCUGCUCUCCUUCCGCCACCACGUGUACGCAAAGGAGAAGGCGGACGUUGGGCCGCGGUUCGACUUGCGGCUCUACCAGAUCAAGCUCGGCACCAUCGACCAGGAGGAGGUGGAGAACGAGUGGGUCUUGCGGCCGUACAUGAACACGGCGAGCAAGAGGAGGGCGCUCUGA